CGACGCACUUCCAUUGGCGGGGCGGCCCGUGAGGCACCGCCCCCUCUCGGGCCCGACGCGAGCACGUUGAGUGGCGGGGCCGGGUGAGGAACUGCCAGAGCUAGGAGCGGCUCUGGGGCCGACGCGGCCCUUGGUCGUGUACGCUUUUGAAGCGCCCAAGAAGUUCCUGCGCGGGAGCGCGUCCGGCGGCCACGGGGGGAAGCGGGUGGUGGGUGGGCUGACAGCAGCUCUGCGGCGAGGCCGGCCUGCCGCUCCUUCCCCCUACGCCUGUCGCCCCAGUGGGCAGACGCUUCCUGGGACUGGUCACGCCGGCCGAUGGCGACUGCUGCGGAGUCCGAGGCCUCUCCGCCGACGGACUCGAGCUGGGAAGGCGGCAGAGGAGACGACGAGAUGAAGCCGACGCUUCCGGAGCCCGAGUCUUACCCACAAAAUGGCGGCGGCGGCGGCGGCGGCCUCGCUGUGGCGGAGCCCGGCGGCGGCGCGGGGCCCGAGGAGACCGCGGCGGCCAACGCCGCCCCAAGCCUCAGCCACGAGCAGCCUCAGGACUUCUGCGAGGCGGGCGCGGCCGCUCCGCCCAAAGGCCCGGAAGAGCCCGAAAGGCCUCUUAGGAGGAGUUUUCAGAUCCCCAGGAAGAGCAGAGAAAAGAAAGCACUUUUCCAGCCAUUAACUCCAGGCUCUCGAGAAUUCGAAGAUGUUUUAAAUAUUCUCCAUUCGUCUUACCUUGAGCCAUCUUCAGUGACAAAUUUUCAUUACAAACCUGUGUGCUUGAUACAUAAUGAGCUUUUGGAAAAGGAGUUUACAGAAAAGCGAAGAGAACUGAAGUCUGAUGGUCGUCCAGAUAAGGAACUUUCAGAAUCUUAUGCAUUUCUCUUGGUUGAUCGAUGUCAGGUUCAAAGCAUAUGUGAAAAAGGAUUGCAGGUGGGCCAUUCCAAAAUAACAAUUCUUGGCAGUCCUUCCAUGGGUGUCUAUCUUUCUAAAUAUGCUGACUUGUUACAAGCUAAUCCUUUGGAAACUGGGGCAGUGGGCGAUGUUGUGAUUUUUAAAAUAAUGAAGGGUAAAAUAAAAAGUAUAUAUGACCCCAUGGGUGUGAAAAACUUGGAAUCCAUGUUGAAUAAAAGUGCUUUGGACCCUACACCAAAGCAUGAAUGUCACGUGUCAAAGAAUGCAGGUAGAAUUACAUCUCUUUUGGCUUACAGAGCCUAUGAACUUACUCAGUAUUAUUUUUAUGAGUAUGGCUUUGAUGAAUUAAGGCGAAGACCAAGACAUGUUUGUCCAUAUGCAGUUGUGUCCUUUACUUACAGAGAUGAUAUACAAACUCCAAAGUUUGUUUCUUCAUCAAGAUCUAACAGCUUUAAUGCAGAUAGAAACGUGGAUAAAUUUAACUAUACAGUGUGGAAAGGACAGCUUUUAAAUAAAGGAAAGCUUCUGUGUUAUAUUUCUCUGAGGUCAGCUACUCGUGCUUUUUUGCCUAUCAAGCUUCCUGAAAAGUUAGAUAUUGAAACAAUUACGAGUAUUGAUCAUCUGAAACAGAAGAUUCCUCCAGCAUUGUUUCAUAAGGAAACAUAUUUAGGUCCAAAUGAAGUUUUGAAGAAUGGAAUGUAUUGCAGCCUUUAUGAAGUUGUAGAAAAGGCAAGAAUUGGAAGUAACAUGGAGAGUUUACUGCAAAAACUAGAUAAAGAAAAACUUGUUCUGGUUAAACCAUUGGGAGACAAAGGAUUCCUUUUUCUUCUCUCUCCUUAUCAGAUGAUUUCUCCAUAUGAACAUCAGACUGUCAAGUCUCGAAUUCUACAUGCUUUGUUUCUAUUUCAAGAACCUAGAUGCAUAAUUACUUCACAAAAACUUUCAACCAAUGCAGUACCACAGGAGAGGCAUGAGAGUGUGCCAGAUAUGUUAAGAACAGCUCAAUUUUUACAGUUUGCUUUGAUUCAUUGUCGAAAGGAAUUCAAAAGUAUAAACACUAUAAAUUUUCAUUCUGUUGUUGAAAAGUAUGUUAGUGAAUUUUUUAAGCGAGGUUUUGGUUCAGGUAAACGAGAAUUUUUGUUUUCAUAUGAUUCACGUUUAGAUGAUAGAAAAUUCUUAUACUCAGCACCAAAACAUAAAUCCCAUAUUGAUGAUUGUUUGCGUACCUAUAUUUUUCGGCCUGAAAUGUAUCAGUUGCCUGUUUGUAAACUAAAAGAGCUAUUUGAAGAAAAUAAAAAACUUCAACAAUUCAGUCCACUUUCAGAUUAUGAUGGUCAAGAAGAAGAAAUGAAUGGUACAAAAAUGAAAUUUGGAAAACGAAACAACUCAAGGCGUGAAGUUAUUACCCCUGGAAAGCAAAGGUCAUGUCAUUCUUUGGAUUAUGAUAAGGACAGAGUCAAGGAAUUGAUUAAUUUAAUACAGUCUAGGAAAAAAAAUGUUAGUGGGGACCCAGACACCGAAGAUAUGAGAAGCAAAAGUAUCUUGAAGAGGAAGCUUGAAGACCUACCUGAAAAUGUGAGAAAGCUCGCUAAAACCAGUAAUUUAUCUGAAAAUUACCAUCUGUAUGAAGAGUCUCUGAAGCCUGUUGGCUUAGCUGGGCAUGAUGCUGACUUGAGACAGCAGCAGCAGAGCACCUGUAACUCUGGUGUUGGUGAUGUUCAUAUGCUGUUUAACUGGCUGUCAGAAACACUAGCAAAUGCACGCCAUUCCGAUUCUUCCCUGACAGACACAGUCAAUAAAGCCUUAGGAUUGAACACUGAUGAUGCCUUUGAAGAGCUGAAGCAGAAGCAUAAAUUGAACUGUGUCUCAGAUAAAAAAGAAUAUGAGCCACCCACAUGUACAAAAAUUGAAAAUGUACAUUUUAAGGGCGUUCAGAGUCCAUUGUUAGAAGUUACUACUUCAUCUUUAAAGUAUCCAGUUGCUGUACCUACCAGUGAAGUGGGCGUUGACCAUAAGCUGCAUUCAAAAGAAGAUCCAAAUUCAGUUAACGUGAAUAAUUUUGAAGAUUGCAGUUUGUGCCCCACUGUUCCCAUUGAACAUGGAUUCCAUAGACAACAGUCUAAGUCAAAUAAUGUUGAAGAGACUGAAAUACAUUGGAAACUGAUUCCAAUUACAGGAGGGGACACAAAAAGCCCAGAAGAUCAGCUGGUGAAACACAGCGAGAAACAAAUACCAGUCCUUCAGGAAGAAACUUACUGGUCUGAUGUUGAACCUCAAAUUUUAGGAGCAGGUAUGAAAUCACCAGACGAACAACUGGUAUGUCUGCCACCACAGGAGACCUUUCCUAACGAUCCCCGAGUAAUAAGUAGACAGAGAAGUUCUGAUUACCAGUCUCCAUCCUCUCCAUUUACAGACACACUAAAGGGCACCACAGAGGAGGACGUGUUGACAGGUCAGGUGGUGGCAUUGGAGGAGCAGUGUGUGCCAGCAGCAGAGCCGUCUGCAGUGAGUGAAACUACAGAGAGAACAGUGUUAGGAGAGUACAGUCUCUUUUCUAGGAAGAUAGAAGAGAUUUUGAAGCAAAACAAUGUUUUCUAUAUUAGUAAAAUUUCUACACCUGUCUUUUCAACACAAGAGAAGAUAAAACGGCUUUCCGAGUUCAUACAUUCUAAGACUUCCAAAGCUGGUGUACAGGAAUUUGUAGAUGGUUUGCAUGAGAAGCUAAAUACAAUUAUUAUUAAAGCAUCAGCUAAGGGUGAGAAUUUGCCACCAGUUAAUUCUAAUGAUUUUAGUACUACGAUAGCAUUAAAUCCUCUUGGAAGGCAUGUACCAGUUUCCUCAAGUGACUUGAACAAUAAGCACCUCUUGGAGCCAGUUUGUAGUGAUGCUUUGAAAGAUGCAAGCUCUCAAGAACAGCAUUCCUCUUCAACUUUGGGUUUAACUGAGGGAGAAAUGAACCAGCCACACCAUGCUACUGAGUUAGUGUUGACUUCUGAUCAUACUGUACCUGGUGAUUCUGUCCGGGAACCAGUAGAAAAAGAAACAAAAUCACCCAGUGAUGUAAACAUUUCUGCCCAACCUGCUCUUUCAAAUUUCAUAAGCCAGUUAGAACCUGAAGUAUUCAAUAGUUUGGUUAAAAUCAUGAAAGAUGUCCAGAAAAAUACUGUGAAGUUCUAUAUUCAUGAAGAAGAAGAAAGUAUGCUCUGUAAAGAAAUAAAGGAGUAUCUUACCAAAUUAGGCAAUACAGAGUGUCAUCCGGAACAGUUUUUGGAAAGAAGAUCAAAAUUAGAUAAACUAUUGAUUAUUAUUCAAAAUGAAGACAUUGCAGGUUUCAUUCACAAGGUUCCUGGCUUGGUGACUUUAAAGACCCUUCCUUGUGUUAGUUUUGCUGGUGUUGAUAGCCUAGAUGAUGUUAAAAAUCAUACAUACAAUGAGUUAUUUGUGUCUGGAGGCAUUAUUGUGUCUGAUGAGUCAAUUCUAAAUCCAGAGGUUGUCACAAUUGAGAGCCUUAAAAUUUUUUUGACAUUCCUUGAAGAACUUAGUACUCCAGAAGGAAAAUGGCAGUGGAAAGUCCACUGUAAAUUUCAGAAAAGACUAAAGGAACUGGGCAGAUUGAAUGCUAAAGCUCUAAGUCUGUUGACACUUCUGAAUGUCUAUCAGAAGAAACAUCUGGUUGAAAUUUUGUCAUACCACAGUUGUGAUUCUCAGACUCGCAAUGCUCCAGAACUAGAAUGCCUUAUCAGACUUCAAGCUCAGAACAUACAGCAGCGACAUACAGUGUUUUUAACAGAAAAGAGUAUCAAGAUACUUUCCAGUUACACAGAUAAUGGAAUAGUAGUUGCAACCACUGAAGACUUUAUGCAAAACUUUAAAAGUCUCGUGGGCUAUCACAACUCUGUCGCAGAAGAAAGCCUUCCGUUCCUUGGUGCUAAUCAGACUCUUGAGUCUCAGUCAGCUCUUUUAGAAAACGAUGAAAAGGAUGAAGAGGAUAUGUCUCUGGAUUCAGGGGAUGAGAUCUCACAUAUAGAAGUAUGCAGCAAUUUUCAUUCAGAAAUUCUGAAGAAAGAAAUCAAAGGAUCAAGUGGAAGAGAUCAAAAAAGGAAUACUCAAAUUGGGUUGCAAUCAUCCCUUGACAUACAAAAAGGUUUAUUAGAAGACAAGACUUCCCAAAUUGAUUCUGAGGAGAGAACUUCUAUUGAUACAGUGUGUCCUGAAGGAGAAAACAGCAGUUCGGCAGAACAAGAUUCAUACAGCAUCUUUCAGGUUUCUCAGAGUCCAUUAAAUAUGUCCCAUCAGUUCAGUCAUUUUAAUGUUCUCACUCAUCAGACUUUCCUGGGAACAUCAUACGCCCUUUCAUCAAGUCAGUCUCAAAAUGAAAGUUACGUGUUACCUGCUUAUACUCAGUCUAAUCUCCGUUAAAUUGGAGAAAAAAAAAGAUUCUUCCAGGCCAUGCUGAAAAAAGAUACAGUAACUUUUAAAAAAACAGGUUGCAGACCUCUUCUGUUUCUUAACAGUGAAUUACCAAUUUAUAUUCUUUGAACACAAGGUUUCUUACCCUUUCUGAAAUGUUUAUUUCCUCCUAUUUAAAUCAUGAUGGCCUGUAACAGUUUAAACGUCUGAAAACUGAAAUAAAUAUAUAUAUUUCUAACAUA